UUUUUCAAAACUUCUCACUUUACCAUCCUUAUGUCAGAUUGUCAGUAAUGUAUUACUUGGGCGACUUACUAAACUUAUCAUGGAAUAGGCCUAAGUUAGGGAUUUUCAUUGGUCAAACUGGUAAACUUUACCUGAGCUAUUGCUCUACUUAAAUUAACUUAUAGCAUGUACACAACCAUGGGACUUGAGGCCAAAACAAAAUCUGUAGACCCUACACAAGACUGACUAAGGUUCUCACAUCCUUCGAAGCUACAGAUGGCUGAUCAAAGGGAACAGUGUUCAAACCCUGACGAAGACGAAGUAGUAGAUGUUCUGUAUGACGUAACCAGUAGAAGAAGCACCGUACCUAAUAGGGUGGCAAACGUUGAAGCAGAAAUUCUUCAACAAAGACAAGAUCUUGCAGAAAAUGUCAAAGUAUUGCCUGGUUUGGAUAUCAAGAAAGUUGCCACCAAGUAUCCCCUAAAGAAGACUGUACCUGCAGUGAAAGAAUCUUCUGACAAAAGGGACCAGGAUAUGAUGGCUCGUACAAAAUUACUUUGUGAAACAGCGGAUGCAUUAAAAUCUGCACUAGCACAAGCUAAGAGAGAAAAAGAAAAUAAAGAAAAGAAUUAAAUAAUAAUAGUUAUUUUGGAGCACAAUUGGUACAGUAUUUAAUAGGCAUUUACUAUAUGUGAAAUGUGGUUUGUUUCCUUAUGAAAUUGUAUUACAUUUUUAUGACUUGUUGACAUUCCUUGCUUUCCCCAAGCUUGUGAUGAAAUUAGAUACAUAGGGAAUUUGUUAUUAAACAAUACAAUGUACAUUUUAAGAUAUUUAACUUUCGUAAACAAGUAUGUUUGGUACAUAUAACUUUUACCUACUUCAUUGUGUUUAGUGUAGUUUUUUAGGUUAUCAAUAGGCCUGCUGAAAAAAAAAAUUAUUGAUAUCCUGUAGGUUUCAAAUCUGUGUCAAACCUUGCAUUUGUUGUAAGUACUCAUAUCAUGAGUACAGGUUAAUUUAUUACCUAUUGGUUACAUUUUAAGGUUUCCAUAAAGUACAGUUUUCUUAUUUUAUUUAAAUACUCAAGUUAAAUGUAACUGUUCUACCUAUUGUUGUUUAAUAAAUAAGUUACAUAAUGUAUUUUUUUUAACAAAGUUGU